CAGUGGACACAUUCUGGGGUGCCGGCAGCAUGCCUGGCAAAGGAGCCAAAAGCCCGGAGCCCGAAGUGCCGGAGGAACCACCGCCGCCCCCACCUGAAGCCAAUUCCGCAGCCUUGGAAUUUCUAGCUACAAUCAGUAAAGAAGAAAUUGAAUUGCUCUAUUUCUCUGAGACCCUGAACAUGAUGUCUGAGGCCAACCAGAUUCUGGGGGAGUAUUCCCUAGACAUAAAGCAAGCCUAUUACUAUAACGCUGAUGGGGACAUCACACUCAGUGUCCUAGUGCAUGCCACCAGCCGGGGCCAGCUGGAGGAUAUCCCCUGUGGGACCUCUAUUUCAGGCUAUGUCUCCUGGCAUUUGGAAACAUAUGAGCAGCACCAUCAUGAAUUCAUCAAGUUCUUACCUCUGUCAACUGACAUGAAGACCACCUUACUGAGGCAGAACGAAGAUAUGCUGAUGACAAAGAUCCUCAGGGAAGGUGAGGCUAUGAAGACAGAAAAGACGUCAUUCAACCUGAGUAUAAUGGAUGGGUUCAUCUCAGAGUCUGCCAACCUGGUCUUGCUAAGGGUGAUGGGCUGGCGACGGAAGGUUCCCCAAAAUGCCAAAUUCCUGACCCUUGAUGCAGAAGGAAAGCUCUGCCACUCCACCUAUGAAGCCCUGGGCUUCCAGACCAUUCAGCUGGGCUCAGAGCAGGCUGAAGUGUUGGUGGUAGAACAGACCAUGCAUUCUAAUGAAGACAUCCCCAUGACAUGGCACUACUACCUGUUACCAGAUGGGCACCUGGCCAAGAGAAUCCAGGUGGGAUCCCCUUUCUGCUGCAUCAUCAACAAGAUGCCCAUAAUGAGGGAGAAGGAUGAGUUUGAUCCCAAACCAGUGUUUGAAAAGAAACCCCUGGAUUGGGAAGAGGAUGUUCAGCUCUUUGCCAUGUUCCGAGACCGGAAGGAAGAGCUCCAGGCCAGCCAUACCACUUAUAUGGGGCAUCAUCCAGAGGCCCAGAACCUGAUCUCUGACUUUUUACUCUUCCUGUUGCUCCGCCAGCCUUCUAAUGUGGUAACCUUUGCUGCUGAGUAUUUUGGUCCCUUUGCCCGGGGCCGGCGCCCACUACCCCCCUUCCGGUCCUCCAACAGGCCCAGCCCCUUCAGAAGCCACAGGUUCCCUGUGGCAUGUACUUUGCUAGAGGAGACGCCACAGCAGUCAUCAGAGGAGAAAACUGAAGAGCCUUCCUCAUAGCCAAGGAGAGUCAUGAGUCCUGAAUAGCCUAGGCAUGAGGGAAGUAGCUAGAUACCUCCAGGCAAAAUACUCUAGGGCCUGAAGGACUGAAGGAUCCCUGGGGCCUGGGAGCACAAGAAAGGGAAGGGGUGCAGGGCAGGGCAGGACUUAGCUGACUCUAAUAUCAGGCCUCACUAGGAAGUUCUAAAUAAGAAUAAACAGGGGACUCUUUUGGUGUCUCCCUGACUUC